AUGGAGCACGAGGAAUAUGCUCGUGAGCUAGCUGCUCAUUAUAAAAUUAAUCCCCAUUUGCCGUAUCAUUCUAUAAUUGAAGAACUGAAAAAUGUACUUGAUUCCAAGCGUUCAGAUCUGCAAAAGCUCUAUAAAAUGAAAGCUGGGGUACAGAAGUUACAGGAUGCUGCGGGUGGGAGUUUUUCUGCUGUCGUUCGCUCAAGCAGUGACUUCAUAAAUGGACCCAUUUUAUCUGGACCGAAAGAAAGCUACACCUUGGAUCGAAGAUCUAGUCGUGUCACCACUUCAGAAGUCAUUAAAGGAAUUAACAGUGACGUUCAAGACUUGGCAGAGGAUAUCGGAGACUUAGAAACGUCGCUUCUUUUACUAAAGCACUACCAACCCAGUUUAGAUUGUCAGAAUUCUGUCGCAAAUUCAGUUGGUGGUUGCGAUAGCAUAGAGCAGCGUCUGGGAGAGUUACAAAAGGCCUUGGAUAUAGAGUUGCAGGUUCGCAGUGGAGCAGAGCGUCUAAUUCAGACAUAUAAAUCAGGUCCUCGUCAUAUUCUGGAUGAAGCUAAGAAACAGUAUGAAAAUGCCAACAACAAAAUUGGAUUUAUUCGUAAUCAAAUGAUUCGUGUGAAACAAAUGAAUGAAGGAUUUUGCCAGUCAGAUACGUCAUCCCUUGGUUCAGGUGCAGACAGUUUAUCUGAUACAUCUAAAACUAACGGUUCUAUGACAUCUGUGUCUAACAAUCAAGAGAGUUUUCUAAUAUGGAAAGACAAAGUCAUAGAGUUGGCACACCGUUUACGAGUUGAACGUGCUUUAUUUACUGGUAGUCGGAAGGCUGUUAAUGCCGUGCUGGACAAUCAAGCUCAUGUAGAUAAAUACAGAAAACUGCAGGUUCUUCAGGAGGCUCGCGAAUCACUCCACAGACUUUAUCUAUUUCAAGAAUCAAUAAAACCACUUCUGAAAAGACCACCAUCAACACAGUCAUCUGAAAUGAUUUCUUCUAUUGUCGAUGACCCAGAAAUGACUUCACUAUUAUCUUCACCGUGGUCUAAUACUUCGUUUCAUGCAAACAGCUCACUGUCGAUACCAAACCCACCUACUGCGAUUACCGGCAGUCUGGAGGUUCGGUGUUUAGGUUGUCAGGAUAUUGUGGAUGUGUUUCCAGCGGACCUUGUAAAUAACGAACUUUCAGGCACAUCGACCAACAAAGGGAUUAAUGCUACCCCAACAGUUAUGACAUCGCGUAUAUCAGAUAAUCAUUGGGUGGAUGUUCGAUGCUCUUUACUCGUCGAUCAUAAACGCGUUUGGGAUUCACCAUGGCGACAGCCUAAUCAACAGUGUUGGGAUGCAAAAACCACUUUCAGUAUUGAUCGAGGCAAAGAACUAGAAGUUCAGGUGUACUGGAAACGUAUGGUUCUUCCGUCAAACUCAUCCAAUUCAACCAGUCCUUCAGCAUCUACUGCUUCAACCAAAAGUGGAUCAUUUGAUGAUUCUGGUUCUGGACUCGAAUGGGUUUUGGCAGCUGUAAAUUACUUACGUCUAGAGGAACUACUCAGAAAGGUUUUCCUUGUCGUUAAAUUCUCUGAUCCUCUUCUUUAUAAACCACGAUGCAAUUUACAUCGUCAAAAACGUUUGUUUUCCAAACGCAAAGGUCACAAUAUUCCACGUAUUAAUGAACUUGACAUGAAUAUCCCCUUAUGGACACGUAUGCUCAAAAGUGGUCAAUUGUCUAAAAUGAAUCGAUCUGUUGGUGGUGGUGCGUCUUGGACACUAAGUCAUUCAGGAGACUAUGGCUCUUCAGGAUCUGUAUUGAUGCAUGGUUUAGAAGGUCGUUUCCAACAGUUGAAUACAUCUAUUAAUGAUUCACCAGUUCUUGCUCAUGCUGUUGAUGAAAAAAGUCGGCUAAAUAGUUGUAAAUCCUACACACUACAACCUACCUGUCCCACUCAGUCAUACGGUUCAUCUAAUACCUCCCUUACGACUCCUCAGCGUCCAUUACUUACAAUUGUUCGUGAAAUAGAUGCUUCAUCUGACGAAGAAAUGCCAUUUAUCGAGACUGAGAUAAAAAUCUCCUAUGAGAAAACUGUUUCGGCUGGAGACGCUGGCGGCACUCACUCACCAACAUCUCGUCGUCCACCUAUUUCAAGUAACUUUUCGUUGUCUUCGGAUUAUGAUGUUGCACCAGUUGUCAUUGAAUACUCUGGUGACAAUAAAGCUAUUUGUAAACCUCAUACAUCAACACGUAUUUCAGAUUAUGCCAAUCCCGAAGAGCUUACUAACAAAGAAAUACUUUCCAAUUUGAAUCAAAAUGAUAUGAAUUCACGCAACACAGAUUAUGUUAAUAUGGACAUACAUCGAUCAAAUUCAGGUCCUGUAGUAUUGUCUACAGAGAAAGAAAGUAAAGAACUGCCUCCUCCAGAAUCUCCACUGACUCCAGUUUCAGAAACUUCAAGUCCUUUAUCACCUGACAAACCCACAACAGUGUUAAGUAUGAUCGAUUUUCGUACUGUUGCUGUACUUGGACGUGGUCAUUUUGGCAAAGUUUUACUGGCUCAAUAUCGUGAGAAUAGUAAAUACUAUGCAAUAAAAGCGUUGAAAAAAGCAGAAAUUAUAUUUCGCAAUGAAGUGGAUACAUUAUUAGCGGAAAAGCGUAUCUUUCAAAUUAUUACUGAUGCUCAACAUCCAUUUCUCAUAAAUUUAAUUGCUUGUUUUCAGACAAAGGAACACGUUAUGUUUGUCAUGGAGUAUGCUCAGGGUGGUGAUCUUAUGCUCCAUAUUCAGCAAGAUGUGUUUAAGGAACCACGAGCUGUUUUUUAUGCUGGAUGUGUCGUCUUAGGCAUUGAGUUUCUUCAUUCAAAGAAGAUUGUAUAUCGGGAUUUAAAGCUGGAUAAUUUACUGUUGGACUCCGAGGGAUUUGUAAAAAUGGCUGAUUUUGGUUUGUGUAAAGAAGGUAUGGGUCCAGACGAUCGAACGUCUACAUUUUGUGGGACACCUGAAUUCUUGGCUCCUGAGGUUCUUACAGAUUCUUCGUAUACCCGAGCUGUCGAUUGGUGGGGUUUGGGUGUACUUAUUUUUGAAAUGCUUGUUGGUGAGUGUCCUUUCCCAGGUGAAAGUGAAGAAGAAAUCUUUGACAGUAUAGUCAAUCAAGAAGUCCGCUAUCCCCGUCAUUUAAGCAUGGAAGCUACUAUAAUAAUGCGACGUCUCCUACGACGAAAUGCUGCACAACGAUUAGGAUCUUCUGCUCAAGAUGCUGAAGAGAUUAAAAGACAACCGUUCUUCCGUAAACUUGACUUUGCAGCUCUUCUGGCUCGUAAAAUAAAACCACCAUUCGUUCCUGUUGUUUCUAAUCCUGAAGAUGUAUCCAACUUCGAUGAAGAAUUCACCAAGGAACGAGCAGUUCUUACACCAGCUAAAGAACGUCCACCACUUCUUGAUGCAGAUCAAUUGAAUUUCCAGAAUUUCGAUUAUAAUUCACCUUCUAUAUUAUAA